CUCUCCUCCCUGUCGCUCCAGUCCGCGAUGGAGCCCCGGACAUAGCAGACGGGACUCUCGGCACUUUCUCUGAGCGUGUCGUGUGGUUCUUAUGUGGAACUGCGGGAGAAGUUUGCAUGGCACGAGAGCCGCUCAAAGACACCUUUAGAGAGCAAGAAUGAAAAUAAGAUGUGCCCACUACACACAUAGAUUGAGACACAGGUGCUUCCUGUUUUCUCUGUCUCUGCUGGCCGUCUGUCUGCUCAAGCUGGUCUACAUUAAGGUGACAGUGAGGGACAGCGUCUACAUUGAGCCCUAUGGAAUCACUGUCAGCUUAUCCAGAAGGUAUGACAUCAACUGCACUGCCAUCUACGAGCUGGACCCUGUGGAGAUAGGCAAAGCUCUGGAGAUAAAACGGAAAAUCAUUGUUGACGUGGAUGAUGAUAGCACCGUGAGUCUGACCUCAGACUGCCAAACAUUUAUCAAAACAAGGGGUUACAAUGAGGCUCCAGUGUCGGAUACAGAGCGGAGCUUCCCUUUGGCUUACUCCCUGGUGGUGCAUAAGAAUGCUCCCAUGGUGGAGCGUAUUCUUCACGCGAUCUAUGCACCUCAUAACAUCUACUGCAUUCACUAUGAUCAGAAGUCCUCUCCAGCGUUCAUAAAGGCCAUUACAAACCUGGCUCAGUGUGCUUCAAAUGUGUUCAUUGCCUCAAAAGUGGAGUCUGUGCAAUAUGCCCACAUCAGCAGGCUUAAUGCCGACCUAAACUGCCUCUCUGACCUGCUGAGGUCAGAGGUCAAGUGGAAGUAUGUCAUCAACCUGUGUGGCCAGGACUUUCCUCUCAAGUCAAACCAUGAACUGGUAAUGGAGCUGAAGCAGCUGAAUGGCAGUAACAUGCUGGAGUCCAGCCGGCCAAGUGAACUCAAGAAACAGCGCUUCAGCUUCCAGCAUGAGCUGAAAAAUGUUCCUUACGAGUACCGUAGUCUUCCUGUCAAAACCACAGUGCCCAAAGAUGUCCCUCCUCACGGUAUUGAGAUGUUCAUCGGGAGUGCAUAUUUUGUCCUGUCACGGGAUUUUGUGAAUUACAUUAUCAGCAGCCAGGUGGCAAAGGACUUUCUGGCAUGGUCUGCUGACACAUACUCACCAGAUGAACACUUCUGGGCCACUCUGGUCAGGGUCCCGGGGGUGCCUGGACACAUUCCCAGGUCAGAGGCUGACAUUACAGAUCUGAGGAGUAAGACACGACUAGUCAAAUGGAACUAUUUAGAAGGAAAACUUUACCCAGCCUGCACGGGAACACACAUGCGGAGUGUUUGCAUCUACGGAGCGGCUGAACUUCGCUGGCUCCUUAACUAUGGCCACUGGUUUGCUAACAAAUUUGACCCCAAAGUGGACCCGAUCCUGAUUAAGUGUUUGGAGGAGAAGCUGAUGGAAAAACGUCAAAACGUGCAAACAUGAUACUGAAGGAAAGAGGAAAUGUGACCAGGAGAGGAGAGAGUAGGUCCAGUAUUUAUUAUGUUACUAGGCAAAGCUGCAAAAUUACAUCAAUCAACUUAAUCUUUGUAGGUAAGCACAAUUUUGAGAUGCAGGCACUUUCAUUUUGUUAGCUUUCCUUGCAAACGUUGAGCUUGUAUGACAUUUGUCUGAUGGUAUUGCUGAGGGAUUCAAAUAGUUUUUCCACCUCUUCUACAUGAUGCCAUCCUGUCGCAGCAGGAGUCUUUCCACAUUGUUUCAUUCUAAUUAUUUUCAGUCUGUAACUUUCACUUACCACACGAGGCAUUUAAUCAGUAACAGAAGGAAAUGAAAAAGUGCCUUUGUCUAAAAGAUUAAUGGGUUAUUUGAGGAAAUGCCAUCCUAAAAACAAGUGCCACUUGAUAUCCAAAUAAAGUGUCCACGUUGAUCCCAGAGACGACUCUUAUAAUGAGAGUAGGAAUACCAAAGACUCAUGUUGUCCUCAUGUAUUCUGCAAAUCAAAUGCUCCACCAAGUUGGAUUUCUAGGUUUUUUUGUCAUGAAAAUAGAAAUUGAUUUGGAAAAGUUUAGAUUGAUAUGACAGGUUGUGAUUUCUGCUGAUGUAUUUAUUCCUGAAUAAAGUAUGAUGCUUGUGA